GUUUACUCAGUGCUUGAUUUCAACUGGGAAAAGCCUCGGAAUCCACAAUUCUUAGAGAAAUUAACCAUUCUCCAAGAAAUGUUACAAGAUCCAAACUCAGAGGCUCCACCAUACUACGUAAUUGUCCAUGCAAAGAGUGGCUUAUGUGUGAACGUAGAUGGUGAGAAAAAGGUUCAUGGAAGCGGCUGCCGGUACCGGACCAAAUGGACCCACUCCGGAGAUGGAUGGCCUAUUGAGUUGAUGGGAAGUAACCCAUGUCUGAAGGCUGUUGGUGAUGGGCGGCCAGUGAAGGUCUCUACUGAUUGUCGGAGCCAACAGUCUAGAUGGAGAAGGGUUUCGAAGGAGAAGCUCCAUGUGGCUGUGAGAGAUGAACAUGACCACACCAAGUCGCUGUGCCUGGACGCCUCAAGUUCAGACCCUUCUUCAAUUGUAACCAGGAAAUGUGCUUGUAAGGAAGGUGAUCUCAAUUGCCACCAUGAGGAGCAAAGCAAUUGGUUUCAGCUUGUCCCUUCAAAUAUACCCUAGUUUGGAUUUUUGAUUUGGAUGUUAUACAAUUUAGAAAAUUGUUUUGGUUUUCCAUUGGUUUUGUUUAGGGAAGUAAAUUCACUAUGUUUAGCAUCAAAGAAUAACAUUUUUCA